AUGGCAGCAUCCAAGACCAUCGUCCUCGUCACAGGCGCAAACAGCGGCAUAGGCUACGAAGUCGCCCGCCAACUUCUCGCCUCAAAAGACACCCACGUCCUCCUAGGCUCGCGCUCCGUGGACAAAGGCGAAAAAGCCGUCUCAACCCUCCAAUCCCUCAACCUCCCCGGCACCGUCGAACUCCUGCACCUAGACGUCAGCUUCCCGGACUCCAUCACAGCCGCCGCCAAAAAGGUCACCGCCUCGCACGGCUACAUCACCCACCUCGUCAACAACGCCGGCGUCGCCAUGCCUUCCCGCGAAGACACACCCCUCCACGAACUCAUGGAUCUCUGCUUCCGCACCAACGCCACAGGGACACUCCUGACCACCGAGGCCUUCGGUCCCCUCCUCAAAGGCGCCACUCCACGCAUCGUUAACGUCUCCUCCGGCGCAGGCUCCAUAACCCGCCGUCUAGACCCAACUUCAGUAAUGUACAAGACCAGCGCCGUGCAUUACCGCGCCAGCAAAGCGGCGAUGAAUAUGAUCAGCGCGGAUUUGUCGGUGUUGUACGGGGAGAAGGGGGUUAAGGUUUUCGCGUUUUGUCCGGGGUUUACGGAGAGUGGGUUGAGUGGGAUGAAUACGGUGGGGAAUGGGGCGAAGCCUGUGAGCGAGGGCGCGAAGCCGAUAUUGGAUAUUCUGGAGGGGAAGAGGGAUGCGGAGCAUGGGUUGUUUUUGCAUGUUGAUGGGACUUAUCCUUGGUAG